AUGAACGCCCACCUGGAGGCUCCUGAGUCCCAUGGGGAUUACAAGAUGGUUUUGGGGUGGAUUUCGGACGAGCGGGACGCGGUGCAGAAGAAGACCUUCACCAAGUGGGUGAACGCCCACCUGGCCCGCGCCGCCUGCCGCGUCGGGGACCUCUACUCGGACCUGCGCGACGGCUUCGUGCUCACGCGGCUGCUGGAGGUGCUGUCGGGGGAGACCCUGCCCAAGCCGACGCGGGGCCGGAUGCGCAUCCACUCCCUGGAGAACGUGGACAAGGCCCUGCAGUUCCUCAAGGAGCAGCGCGUCCACCUGGAGAACGUCGGCUCGCACGACAUCGUGGACGGCAACCACCGCCUGACCCUGGGCCUCAUCUGGACCAUCAUCCUGCGCUUCCAGAUCCAGGUGAUCAAGAUCAAGACCGAGGACAACCGCGAGACGCGCUCGGCCAAGGACGCGCUGCUGCUCUGGUGCCAGAUGAAGACGGCGGGCUACCCCGAGGUCAACAUCCAGAACUUCACCACCAGCUGGAGGGACGGCCUGGCCUUCAACGCCCUCAUCCACCGGCACCGGCCGGACCUCAUCGACUUCCACAAGCUGACCAAGUCCAACGCCACCUACAACCUCCAGCAGGCCUUCAACACGGCCGAGCAGCACCUGGGGCUCAGCAAGCUGCUGGACCCCGAGGAUGUCAACAUGGAGGACCCCGAUGAGAAGUCCAUCAUCACCUACGUGGUGUCCUUCUACCACUACUUCUCCAAGAUGAAGGCACUGGCGGUGGAGGGGAAGCGCAUCGGGAAGGUGCUGGACCAGGUGAUGGAGAUCGCGGCCAUCACGGCGCGCUACGAGGCGCUGGCGGCCGAGCUGCUGGCCUGGAUCCACCACACCAUCACCAUCAUCUCCAACCAGAAGUUCGCCAACUCGCUGACCGGCGUCCAGCAGCAGCUCCAGGCCUUCACCGCCUUCUGCACCCUGGAGAAACCGGUCAAGUUCCAGGAGAAGGGCAACCUCGAGGUCCUGCUCUUCACCAUCCAGAGCAAGCUCCGGGCCACCAACCGCAAGCUCUACGUGCCCAGCGAGGGCAAGAGCAUCUCGGACAUCAACAAGGCGUGGACCUGCCUGGAGAAGGCGGAGCACGAGCGGGAGGUGGCCCUGAGGAACGAGCUGAUCCGGCAGGAGAAGCUGGAGCUGCUGGCCCAGCGCUUCGACCACAAGGCCGCCAUGAGGGAGACGUGGCUCAACGAGAACCAGCGCCUGGUCUCGCAGGACAACUUCGGCUACGACCUGCCGGCGGUGGAGGCGGCCAUGAAGAAGCACGAGGCCAUCGAGGCCGACAUCUCCUCGUACCAGGAGCGCGUGCAGGUGGUGGUGGAGCUGGCGCUGGAGAUGGAGGCCGAGGGCUACCACGACGCGCGGCGCAUCGGCGCCCAGAGGGACAACGUCCUGCGGCAGUGGGCGCUGCUGACCGAGCUGCUGCGCGCCCGCCGCGCCCGCCUCGAGCAGAACCUGGCCCUGCAGAAGAUCUUCCAGGAGAUGGUCUACAUGAUCGACUGGAUGGAGGAGAUGCAGGUUCUCCUGGUCUCCAAGGACUUGGGGAAGCACCUGCUGGAGGUUGAGGACCUCCUGCAGAAGCACGGGCUGCUGGAGGCCGACAUCGCGGCGCAGACCGAGCGCGUCCAGGCCCUCAACGCCGCCGCGCUCGAGUUCUCUGAGCUGGACGGCUACCAACCGUGCGACCCGCAGAUCAUCUGCAACCGCGUCCACCACGUCCAGACGUGCCUGGAGGAGCUGCAGGAGCUGGCGGCCAAGCGCCGCAAGGAGCUGGAGGACUCGCGGCAGCUCUGGACCUUCUUCCAGGAGAUGGAGGAGGCCGAGGCCUGGAUCCGCGAGAAGGAGAAGAUCCUGGCCACCAGGAGCUGCGGCCGCGACCUCAGCUCCGUCCUCACCCUGACCACCAAGCACAAGACCAUGCUGGGCGAGCUGGGCAACCGCCGCGCCCUGCUCCACCAGACCAUGAAGAAAGGCGAGAAGAUCCUGGCCAAGAAGUCCUUCGGCCCCGCGGGCAUCCAGGAGAAGAUGCGGGAGGUCUGCCUGAGGUGGAAGAAGCUGGAGGAGAUCACGGGGCUCCACCAGCAGCGCCUGGAGGACGCGCUGAGCUUCUUCCAGUUCAGCGCCGACACGGACGACCUGGUGGCCUGGCUGCAGGACAUCUACCGCAUCGUGUCCAGCGACGACUUCGGCCACGACGACCACUCCAGCCGGGCGCUGCUGCGCAAGCACCGCGCCGUGCUGGACGAGGUGGAGAAGCACCGCGGCGCCGUGGUGGGCCUCCGUAAGCAGCUGGCGCUGCUGGCGCCCGACCGCCGGCAGGGCGUGGACAUCCAGAUCCGCGUGGUGGAGGUGGAGCAGCUCUACGGCGAGGUGGCCGAGGUGGCCGUGCUGAGGACGCAGUGGCUGCGGGACGCGCUGGCCGUGUACCGCAUGUUCAGCGAGGUGCACGCCUGCGAGGUGUGGGUGGACGAGAAGGAGCAGUGGCUGGAGAAGAUGGAGGUGCCCGAGGAGCUGGAUGAGGUCGAGGUGGUGCAGCACAGGUUUGAGAGCCUGGACCAGGAGAUGAACAGCGUCAUGGGGCGCAUCCUGGACGUCAACCAGGUGGUGCAGCAGCUGGUGGAUGGUGGCCACCCCAGCUCGGACGAGGUCCGGUCCUGCCAGGACCACCUCAACAGCCGCUGGAACCGCGUGGUGGAGCUGGUGGAGACCAAGAAGAGCCAGCUGAGCUCGGUGCUGAAGAUCCAGAACUUCCUGCUGGAGUGCGCCGAGAUGAAGGCGCAGCUGCGCGACAAGACGAGGUCCAUCGAGGCCACCCGCUCCGGCGGCGGCGGCGGCGGCGGCGACCCGGGCGGGGUGGUGGCCCUGCAGCGCCGCCUGUCCACCAUGGAGGCCGCGCUGGUGGCCCUGGAGCCGCGGCUGGCCGAGCUGCAGCGCGAGGCCGAGGGCCUGGCCCGCGCCCACCCCGCGCGCGCCCUGGACGUCCUGCUGCCCUUCGAGGAGAUCGGCCGCGAGUGGGACGAGCUGCAGAGGACCUUCCGCGGCUGCGAGGACACCCUGACGGUGGCCGGGCGCCUCCAGCAGUUCAUCCAGGACCUGGACGACUUCUUGGCCUGGCUGGUGAAGACCCAGGCGGCCGCGGGCUCGCGGGAGGCCCCCGAGAGCUUGGCCGAGGCCGAGGAGCUGCUGAACGUCCACGUGGCCCUCAAGGAGGAGAUCAACGGGCGCGAGGAGGACUACGCCAAGCUGCAGGCGGCCAGCGAGCUGCUGCUGGCCCUGGAGGACCACGUGGACGUGCCCCACGUGUCCCUGCAGCGGUGGCUGCAGAAGCUGGACGCCGGCUGGGGGAAGCUCCUGCAGAGCUGGGACGCCAGGAGGGAGCUCCUGGCGCAGGCCCACGUCCUCCACCUGUUCCUGAGGGACGUGGCGCAGUGCCAGGGCAGCCUCCGCAACCAGGAGACCGCGCUGGCCCACGCCGAGCUGCCCGACACGGUGGAAGGGGUGACCAAGGCGCUGAAGAAGCACAAGGACUUCACCACCACGCUGGAGCUGAACCUGCAGAAGGUCCAGCUGGUCCUGCAGGCCGGCGAGAGCCUCCAGCGCCAGGGCCACCUCCACAGCGACCGCGUGGCCCAGGCCGUGGAGGAGCUGCGCGACAGGAGCCAACGCAACCACCAGCUGGCCCAGGAGUGGACGCGGCGCCUCCAGGACCACCUGGAGCUCCAGAGGUUCCUCCAGGAGUGCCGAGAG